AUGGACGUUCAGAUCGAGAAGGCCGUUGAGGCCGCCUUCAACCCCACCAGCAACCAGAACCUACAGCAACAAGCCUUCGAUUAUCUGAACCAGCUGCGAGCCGACCCCCAGGCCUGGCAGGUCUGCACCAGCCUCUUCACCAGACCACAGGGGCCUUCCGACGUGGUCCGCCUCUUCUGCUUAGAAGUCGUCAACUAUGCGAUCCAUACCCAAGGUCUCGACCGCGGCAGUCUCACGUGGCUGAAGGACAAUCUCCUCGAAUACGUCCGCAAUAUCUACGGCCAGACCCUGCAAGACCAGGUCGACCAGGCCGGUCUCCAGAACAAGCUGUCACAAACACUGACCUACCUGUUCGUCUUCCUCUACAACGAUGGCUGGGACACCUUCAUCGACGACUUCCUCGCUAUUGCGAGCAGGCCCAACAACACGGCCGGCGUUGUCCUUUACCUGCGAAUCAUUGGCUCGAUCCACGACGAGAUCGCCGACAUGCUGUUGACGCGCAACAGCAGCGAUGCGAAGCGCAAUACCGACCUGAAGGACCAGCUACGCGCGCGCGACGUCCAGAAGGUUGCUCAGUCCUGGAAGGACUUGCUAGCGCAAUACUCGGGCCAGAACGAUCUCAUUGUUGAGAUGGUCCUCAAGGUCAUUGGCAAAUGGAUUAGCUGGAUGGACAUCUCCUUGAUAGUGAACCAAGACAUGCUCAACCUCUUGCUUCCCGUCAUUGGGCGGACAAACAACUCUGGCAGUGAGGACAAGGUCAGGGACGCCGCCAUUGACACCCUUACCGAGAUUGUCGGCAAGAAGAUGAGAGGCCCCGAGAAGAUGGAGCUGAUUUCUUUCCUCAACCUGCGCGAUAUUGUGGCCCAGCUCAUUGCCAGCGCCCCUCUUAGCGAGCUCAAGUCCACCCCCCAAUACGACACCGAUCUCGCCGAGGCCGUUGCGAAGCUUGUCAACACCGUCAUGGCGGAUAUUGUGCGAGCUCUUGAGGAUGGACAAGCCAAUGACGAUACCCGAGCCAAGUCCGAGCAGCAUCUCCACGAUUUUCUUCCGUUCCUCCUCCGCUUCUUCUCUGACGAGUACGACGAAGUCUGCUCGACUGUCAUCCCCUCGCUGACCGACCUCCUCACAUUAUUGCGCAAGGUCGGCGCCAACCUUCCCGCUUCUUACAAGGAGAUGCUGCCGCCUAUCCUCAACGCCAUUAUCAUGAAGAUGCGCUACGAUGAGACCUCGAACUGGGGCGACGAGGACGAGCAGACGGACGAGGCCGAAUUCCAGGAGCUGCGCAAGCGACUGCAGGUUCUCCAGAAGACCGUUGCGGCCGUGGACCAGGAGCUUUACAUUGAGGUUCUGAGCAACCUCGUGUCUCAAACUUUCAGCACCCUCGACCAACAAGGGUCCCAGAUGGACUGGAGGGACCUCGACCUGGCGCUCCACGAGAUGUAUCUGUUUGGCGAGCUUGCGCUGCCGAACCAUGGGUUGGGUACCAAGAGCCAACCCUCUAGCACAGCAACAGAACGACUGACCAUCAUGGUGACGAAGAUGGUCGAGUCCGUACUGGAGAACUUUGUGCGCUUGGUACAUCACGACCAUGUCCGUAUCAAGACACGAUCGUGGUACCUCUUCCAGAGAUUUGUCAAGUUCCUAAGGGCCCAGGUCGGUAACGUCGCGGAGACCGUUAUCCAGUCCAUCAGCGACCUCCUUCCGAUCAAGGCCGAAGUCUCUGAAAACAACGGCGAUGAUGACAUGUCUUCGGACGAAUCUGACCACUCCGCCGACGCCCUGUUCACCAGCCAGCUCUACCUAUUCGAGGCGAUUGGCUGCAUUGCGUCGACUGGAAGUACACCGGCAGACAAGCAGGCUUACUAUGCCCGGCUUGUGAUGAAUCCGCUGUUCAGUGACAUGGAAUUCCAUCUACCAAAGGCAAAAUCCGGCGAUGCCCAAGCCAUUCUUCAAAUACAUCAUAUCAUCUUGGCCCUUGGUCGACUUGCCCACGGGUUCUCAGACUGGCAACCUGGAAGCACCUCGGCUCAAAAUCGCCCUCCUCCGGACAAACUUGUUUCUGAUGAGUUCUCGAGGGCCGCUGAAGCCAUCUUGAUCGCACUCAGCGAGCUGAAUAGCUCUACUGACAUCCGCACUGCUUGCCGUGCGUCCUUUUCAAAGUUGCUUGGCGUUCUCGGGUCCGCAGUGCUGCCCCAGCUUCCUCAGUGGAUUGAGGGGUUCCUGUCUCAGAGCUCAUCCAAGGACGAGAUGGCCAUCUUCUUGCGUCUUCUCGACCAGAUCGUGUUCGGUUUCAAGGCCGAGAUUUUUAAUGUCUUGAAUAUGCUGCUCACCCCCUUACUGCAAAGGAUCUUUGCCGGUCUGUCCGAACCAGUUACCGGCACCGAUGACGAGAUCCAGCUCGGAGAGCUUCGCAGGGAGUACCUGUCGUUCCUGUUGGUUAUCUUGAACAACGAGCUGCAGUCGGUCUUCAUCAGCGAGGCCAACCAGGGCUUCUUCGAGUCACUGAUCAACUCUGUCCUCACCCUGGGAAGAACUCUUGUGGCAGAGAACAUUGGGCCUAGCAGACUGGCCUUUAGCGUGUUAUCGCGCAUGGUUGUCGUCUGGGGUGGCCCCGACUGCGCAAAGAUCGCGGAGAACCCCUCGGCGCCCAGUGGCUCCCCGAACCCGACCAUUCCCGGGUUCGACCGCUUCAUGAUCGAUCGCUUCCACCCGCUCUGCUGGGAGGUCUUUCAGGACCCAAACUUCAGACCUCACAACGACGCGCAGAGCAAGCAGGUCCUCAACGAAAUCGCAGGUCUUGAACAGGCCAUCUAUACCAAGACGGGCGAGAUGUUCAUCCAACACCUACAGUCGUCACUGUUCCCACACCUGGGUAUCGACGGGUCCGACUUCCUCCGGUCUAUGUCGACGUCUGUGGACAGAAAGGGUUUCUCUAGUUAUCUGCAGGGGCUUCUGAAGAGCCGUAGGUGA